AUGUAUGGCUAUGUUCAUUUCAAAAAUCGGAACCAGCCACAUGGAGUACCAUCGAAAGAUUGUAUCUUGGAAGGGUAUCCCACGGCUCUCUAUGCUUUCCAGGCUCAGCCUGAUGGAUCCAUGGUCUGUGCACCAAUCAUCUUUCAAACGGCGAAGGACAAGCCGCAACCGGAGCAUCGAAAUGAAGAUCGGUGGUAA